AACAUCGUACCGAUCGCGUGUCACCUGUCUCACUACCGAUCAGAUCUCAGUAACUUAUUUGUACUAAGCUCGACAUCUUAAUUUCCCUGAUACAAAAAUGAUGAUGAUAAGUAAUCAGCGUGUACGUGAAAAAGUGGUUAUUUAAUUUUAAUUUUUAUUUUAAUUCUUAACAAACUACAGACAAAAGUGAAGAUCAUUGAAAAGUUACAGUUCAAGAAGAAAUGUUUCACUGAUAUUAUUAUUAAUAACUAUUUAAUCAUAUUAAUUGAUUAAUUAACAAAAUCAUUAUUACCGAAGUUACUCUCAAAAAUCUAAAAUAGCUCUCACGAAUAAUAUAUAUACAUAAAACUCACACCCGUAUUAAACCAUCAAUACGUUCGUUAUCGCGCCCAGUAGUCGGCACACUUGGGAGUCGACUUUCUCCUCGUGUCGUCGCGACAAGCUCAACAGUAUUAAGAAUUAGUAUAAGACAAUUCCAAUUGGAUUUAAAGAAAAAAAAAAUAUUUAUAAAAUCAAAAGUUUGUGAUUAUUUUAAUGAAACUGACACGAGUUACAAUAAAAAUACUUAAUUGGUAAGAAGAAAUAACAGCGACAUCAAUGAAAAAGAACGGAUGAGGUAACUGUACUUAUAACGUGCGAACACCAAACACACAUAAGAUUUGCUGGGAAGAAAUAUAUCUAUAUAAUACUAAGUUACUUCUAUUCACCAAGAAAUCAUGAGGAUUAAUCGUGGAAUUUGUGGAAAACUCCAGGGAGGAUUUCUCAGGCGAUGGUGGACUGCAGUAGCAGCAGGUAUCUUGCUGAUAAUCUUCGCUGGUGUUUUGGCAGCGCUCUUUCCAAACAUCAUGGAAAUUUUGAUAAACCGGGAGGUUUCUAUAAGAGAAGGUGGUCGUGCUUACGGAUGGUGGAAGGAACCUCCAGUAGUUCCUCACAUGAAUAUUUAUAUUUACAAUGUAACAAAUGCUGAUGAAUUUCUCAACAACGGCGACAAGCCGAUUCUUCAGGAGCUUGGGCCCUAUGUUUAUUUGCAAAAAUGGGACAAGACUAAUAUUAAAUUCAAUGAUAAUGGCACUGUCAGUUACAAUGUCAGAAAGCGGUUUGAGUUUUCAGAGGAAUUAUCUAGCGGCUCGGAAGAUGAUUUGGUGGUAGUACCAAACGUCCCAAUGCUGUCAGCAACCAGCCAAUCACGUCACGCAGCUCGAUUUCUUCGGCUUGCCAUGGCCUCAAUAAUGGAUAUCCUCAAGAUAAAGCCGUUUGUCGAGGUCUCGGUCGGGCAAUUGCUUUGGGGUUAUGAAGAUCCAUUACUCAAGCUCGCCAAGGAUGUAGUGCCUAAAGAACAGAAGUUGCCUUAUGACCAAUUCGGAUUGUUGUACGGAAAGAAUGGUACUCAUCCAGAUCAAUACACAAUAUUCACCGGGGCCUCGGACAUCAGCAAAUACGGAAUGAUGGAUCGAUGGAAUGGCAAAGAUGGCUUCAAACACUGGACUACCGAUGAAUGCGACAACGUACUGGGUGGUGAUGGUAGCAUUUUCCCACCACAUAUCAACAAGGAUUCAAAGCUCAAGGUCUUUGAUAAAGAUCUCUGCAGAACUCUUCCUCUUGUCUUCAAGGAAGAAGUGAUGGCUGAAGGUGAUGUUCCCGGAUACAGAUUCGUACCGCCAAAAGAUGUUUUUGCAGCAGCUGAUCGUAUUUCUUCUCAGUCAUGUUAUUGUCCAGCUGGCCCACCUUGUGCUCCAGAGGGUACUUUCAAUGUUUCACGCUGUCAAUAUGACUCACCAGUUUUGCUCAGUUUCCCUCACUUUUAUUUAGCUGACCCAACAUUACGAGAAGCAGUUAUUGGAAUAUCACCGCCAAAUGAGGAAAAACAUCAGUUCUUUAUUGACGUCCAGCCACUUAUGGGAACUACAUUGAGAGCACGUGCUAGGAUUCAGAUAAAUCUUGCUGUCAGCCAAGUUCGUGACAUCAAACAAGUUGCGUCUUUCCCAGAUAUCGUCUUCCCGAUCAUGUGGUUUGAAGAUGGUGUAGAUGGCUUACCAAGUCACGUAACAUCACUGCUGAAGAUGGCCGUGGAUGUUCCGCCAAUAGCUCGAGCAGCUCUUUCAGGUGCUCUUGCUGCAGCAGGUGCCAUUGUUCUUCUCGGUGCGCUAUUGUGUCUUGCCAGGGCGGCAAAACAUCAAGAAAAGCUUCAUUUGAGCACUCCUCUACCUCCAGGUGCAUCUAAACAGGGAAAUAUAAACCCUGGCUUUCAAGGUUCCAUGAAGUAAUCUCUGUAAAAAUGAGAUAAUCGAUAAUUAUACAUUAUAAUUAUGAGAUGCAUCAAUUUAAUAAGAGAGCAAGAGAGUUGGACUCUUG